AUGCGCGCAGUGUUCGCCGCUCUGGACACCGACGGCGACGGGAUGAUAUCCGCGGACGACCUCCGCGCGUACUCCGCGCAGCGCGGGCUUCCCGCGGGGUAUGCGCUGGAGUUCGUGAGCCGCGCGCAGCAUGGGCGGAGGGGUGCGGAGGAGCACUUAUACGGGGAGCGGCGGACGGAUCCGCAGGUUUUGCGCAACUCCCUGUUCGGUGGCGGAUGGAACGGCGCGGGUUGCGCGGCGGGGGGGCUCCAGGCGGGCGGGGUUGCGGGAGCUGGCAUCGGCGGAAUGCGGAUCCUGGGAAGCGGAGACGGAGUGGCGUCAUGCGCACAGGAGGGGUCGGGCGGAACGAGCGGAGGCAAUAUGGCGCUGUGCCGCGCAUCAGCGGGGUUUGCGGCGUCGUCCUCCCAGGUAGCUCUCACCUCCCAACGAGCUUCAGUGUCGAUCUCUUUGGCGCUACCGCCCGUGGAUCUCCCAGCACUGCUCUCCUCUGCCGCGCAGCAGCUUCACCGCGGGCUGGGCUCGGCGCGCUUGCACCUUAGCAGCUUCAGGGGCGGGGGAACCGGCGGAAUAGGUGGCGGAAGCGGCGGAAGUGGCGGAACCGACGGCGGCGGCGGUGGCGGAGGGGGGUUUGGGGUGUCGUAUGCGGCGUUUGAGGAGUUCGUGGAUGCGAGGGACAGGGCUCUGUGGGACUCGUUUAGGUGCAUGGACAGUAACGGGGAUGGCCGCGUGUCGCAAGCAGACCUCGAACGCAGCAUGAGGGUGCGUGUUACUCACGCUGCUAGUGCCACCCCUGCAAUGGGCAUAACAGCAUGCAACUCCCCCAUGACCACUGGAGGCAACACCGCCACCUCUGCAGCCGUCACCACUCUCAGUGGCAGUACUCGAGCCAGCAGCACCAGCGGCAGCGGUAAUGCCGAGGCAGCACGGCCUGCGGGGCUAGGUCAGCCGUGCUCGGUGGAUUCCGUAGGGCGGGCUUGUAGCGGGAAGAUGUCCGUAUCAUUCGAGGAGUUCCGGGACUACUUCACGCUACUCCCUACAUCCGACCAUCUCUUUGACUACUGGAUCUCCGCCUCCUGCCCGCUCGCCUGCCACGCUUCUUCCGCGCCACGACCAUUCAACGCGCGAGAAGCACUUGAGGGGGCUUCAGCAGUAGUAGGCACGGCUGCCACAGCUGCCGCUGCGGGAAAUGCGUUGAAAAGGAAGGUUCCACGAAGAGGGUCUUUGAGGGGAACCAGCAGCAGCAGCAGCAAGGGUGCUGGCACAGGUGGCGGCAGCAGCGGCAGCGGCUCCAGCAGGAGAAGUAAAGGGGCGGGUGGCGUAUGGCGGCAUCUAGUGGCGGGCGGCAUGGCAGGGGCGACAUCCCGCACAGUGACUGCCCCUUUGGAGACCCUCCGCCUGCGCAUGAUGGUCUCGUCCGAACAUGGCCUCCUGCAAACAUGCUCUCAAGUGUGGAGUGAAGCGGGCUGGAGGGCAUUCUUCCGCGGCAACAUGGUGAACGUGGUGCGCUCGGCCCCUCAGAAAGCAAUCGACUUCUUUGCUUUUGAGGCAUUCAAACAAGCCAUCGCCACUGUCUUCCCCACGGGCCCUGCGGGACUUCAGGUGGUGACAGCAGGUGCUUUAGCAGGUGCCACGUCCACUCUGGCACUCUAUCCUCUCGAUGUCGUCAGAAGCCGCCUCACUGUUGCCGCCCGCUCCCAGUGCACAGGCAUCGCCCAUGCCCUCACCACAAUAGCAAAGACAGAGGGAGUCCCAGCACUCUACCGCGGCCUGGGCGCGUCUCUCCUCUCCAUCCUACCAGAGGACGCCAUCACAUACGGCUGCUUCGAUCUGCUCAAGACCGCCCUGCAGCACUCCACCGGCCGCACCGUGGGAGUGCUGCCCGCCCUGGCCUGUGGCUACACAGGCACUGCCCACGCCCUCACCACGAUAGCCAAGGCUGAAGGAGUCCCAGCCCUGUACCGCCGGCUAGGAGCGUCCCUCCUCUCCAUCCUACCAGAGGCAGCCAUCAAAUACAGCUGCUUUGACCUGCAGCACUCCACUGGCCACACCGUGGGAGUGCUGCCCGCCCUGGCCUGCGGUGUCGAUUACACAGGCAUCGCCCAUGCUCCAACCACGACAGGAAAACCAGAAGGCAUGCCGGCACUCUGUAGAGGCCUCGGUGCUUCUCUCCUCUCCAUUCUACCGGAAGCCGCCAUCACAUACGGCUGCUUCGACCUGCUCAAGUCUGCUCUGCACCGCUCUACUGGUCGCACCGUGGGAGUGCUGCCCGCCCUGGCCUGCGGCAUUGCUGUACCCGUCACACCCACUCACUCACUCUCUCCAUCCUCCCAUCUACCCCCCGCCCUUCCCCUUCCAACCCCCCAGUACACAGGCAUUGCCCAUGCCCUCGCAACUAUAGCCAAAACCGAAGGUGUCCCAGCCCUAUAUAGGGGUCUCGGUGCGUCUCUCCUCUCCAUCCUACCGGAAGCCGCCAUCACAUACGGCUGCUUUGACCUCCUCAAGUCCGCCCUGCAGCACUCUACUGGUCGCACCGUGGGAGUGCUACCCGCCUUGGCCUGCGGUGUCGCCUCUGCAUUCACGGGCCAGCUUGUCGCAUACCCUCUCGAGCUCGUUGCGAGGCGCCUGCAGGUCUCUGCUGUUGCUGCUGGUGCUGCUGGUGCUGGUGCAGUUGCAGCAGGGGCGGCGAAGCAGAAUCUGGUUACCGUUACCAAGGCGAUACUGGCGGAACGGGGAGUGGCAGGGCUGUAUCAGGGUAUCGUGCCGGCCUCCCUGAAGGUCAUUCCCAUGGCGAUUGUGAGCUUUGGAGUGUAUGAGUCGGUUAAGUUUGCUCUGGUGCAGCUGGCUGAAAGGGAGGAGGGGUGGCGGGAGGAGAGGGAGAGGAGGCGUGAGGAGGAGGGGAGGAGGAGGUGGGCGGAGGAGGAGAGGAGGUUGGUGGAGGAGGAGAGGAGGGGGAGGAGGGUGUGUUUGCCGGUGUGUAAGGCAUGCUGUCGGGAGGGAGGGUUGUGUGGGAGGCAGAGGGGGAGCGCACUGCUGGUGGUGUGA